CUGUGCUCUUUAGUCCCAGAAUGAAACUUGGACCUUCAGUGCCCCUGCAUUUGCACACUGAAUACUUGUGCUUUGGCUCUGUUGCCUCUCCGUUAAGCUUACAAGUGCUGGCUACAUCCAAAAAUCCCCUCUAUGAAAAGAUUGCUGGAAUAUUUAGCAGGUAACACAUCUCAGUAGACUGACAGAAUGAGGAUGUUAAAAGUGAUCAUCUUCUCUUUAUGUCUGCACCAGGCAUACGGGCUGGAUUGGUUCGAUAACUAUAUGUCGGGUCUUAAAACACAAAUACCCAUGUAUGGAUUACAGGAGUUUCCAGAAAAAGCCAAAAAUGGGAGCAGUCAUAAUGAAGUUCUUAUAUGCCCCGAUAUGUCUCCCUCUGCUGAAGUCCCCACAACAGUGGAGAAAGUGAAACCAGCUGAUGUGAAAGUUGUGGCUGCUUUGGGGGACUCACUGACGACAGCAAUUGCAGCCAAUGCUACCAGUGUACUAGAGAUCCCAAAUGAAUACCGACAUCUUUCCUGGAGUAUUGGGGGCUUUGGGAACAUCUCAGAUGUCACUACAUUACCAAACAUUCUGAAACUUUUCAAUCCCAACAUUGUUGGAUUUGGAAAAAGGAAAACUGUCAGCUAUAAACCAGCCCCACUGGAGGAUACAGGCCUAAAUCUGGCUGUUACUGGAGCAAAUACCUUUAAUUUGCCAGAACAAACGCAGCACUUGAUUGACACUAUGAAAUCUUACCCGGGAGUAAAUUUUAAAGAAGACUGGAAAUUAGUGACCAUCUUCAUUGGAUCUAAUGAUGUGUGUGAUUACUGCAAAAAUAAGACUCUAUUCUCAGCAGACAGCUUUAUACACAACCUUACAGUAUCUCUGGACAUGUUGCAGCAACAACUGCCAAGAGCCAUUAUAAAUGUUGUUCAACUUUUACGUAUUGAGGAGCUUCGCAGUGUUAAUGACAAGAGUUUGGGAUGUCUGCUUCAAAGGAGUUUUUGUUCCUGUGUGGCUGUGCCAAAUGAAAAUUCUACAGAGUUCCAAGAAAUAUUAGAUCAGAUGACCCAGUUUCAGGAAAAGCUAGAGCGUCUGUUUCUGAAUUCCACAAGAUUUAAUGGAAAGAAAGACUUUGCUGUAAUUCUUCAGCCUUUUCUAAAACAUGCCAAACCACCAACUGACCAAAACGGGACGGUUGACUAUUCCUACUUUACUCCUGAUUGUUUUCACCUUACCAUCAAAGGUCAUGAGCAACUGGCCAGGGCGCUGUGGAAUAACAUGCUCCAGCCACAAGGAGAUAAGUAUUACUUAAAAACACUAUCUGAUCCAAUCCCGCUUCUCUGUCCUUCUAAGGAUCACCCAUACUUCUACACUAGGAAUCAAGCAAGUGGUUACAGUGCAUCCCACCAUCUGAUUGGAUUACUCGUAUUCGCUACACUGUUAGUAUACUUGUAGCAGCCCUUACCCUCCGUUGCCCUAAUGUUAUCCACUUACCCAGACAUUUGUAUACAACAAACUACAACUGGUUUAUGCCAUUGCUACUUUUACCCUGACUUUACAGCACAAACUAUGAGAUAUAUCACAAGCUAUGGGAUAUAUCAAGAAAAACAGUGACUUUGUUUGAAUGUUGACCAGUCUGUUCUGUUCUUAUAAGGCAGUAAAAAUAAUAUUGGCAAGAAAAUAAGUAAUAAAACGAUGGAUUGCUGUCUGAUUUCAAAACAUAGAAUAAAAUAGAGAAAUGGCUCUUUUUAGAGCACAACUUAAAACAGAAUUUUCUUAAAACUG